AUUUUCUUCAUGAGUUCUGUAUCAUCACACGAAGGCAGCGAUAAAGACGGUUUUUUUCAUAGGAGUUUCCCAGAGGGGCUUGCAUCUCGUUAUGCAUAUCUUCGUAAAACAGAUUUACUUGACACAUUUGAAUCUAACACCAGACCUCGCGACACUGAUGCCUGGAGUGUGGCUGCAACAGUAGAUGACCAAGAGUCAGUUAUGAGCGGUCAUGGAGGCAAUAUGAGCAUAGCAGGAAGCAUAAGUAGAGUCACAACAGAAGGGAAAGAAACAGACGAUGACAGGUCCACCCUGGAUGGAAGCGCCCGCAAUGGUGUCAGCUCGAGUAAUGAACCCGCUCUUUCAAUCGAUAAUCCAGGAAUACGUUUAGAGACAUUCCGUGAUCUCGACAUGCCAUCAGCAUUCCAUGAUAAUGCCAGUGUAAUUACUGGUGAUGAUGAAGAGAAAUACCCUCGCUCAGUCGCUGCAGAGUUUGGUGACGAUGGUACACGUUCUGCUGCUGGAGACUUUAGCCACAUUGACAGCAGUGAUGACGAGGAGCGCACGGCCGACUCUGGGUACCAAGGAAAUAGUCAGGCACCUGUUGCACUUAACGAUGCUAUAUCAGCUCCUCCUCAGCCUCAACCUAGCUUUGCAUCGGCUACGAAACCUUAUACAACCUUGAUAGAAGAAAAUGAGAUGCUGAGAGAACAACUUCAGAACCUGGAACGCAGCCAGAAACAACAAAUUGAGGUUAUUGCAAACUUGAGGACAUUGACGGCGUGUGGUGAGGAGGUGUAUGGAAGAGCACUUCAUAUGUCCCAUGCAACACCAGAGGAGCAGGAUCGGCUAGGUCGUGAAACAACGGGUCUAUAUCUUCCUAGCACAUCUUCCUUCCCAGAUGCCGCAGAUUAUUCUUGCCAGCAAAACAAUGGCUAUCUCGACAUGGAACGUAACGCACCUUUGUCCCACAUUGUCAAUGCUCGUACUCUCACUCAACGACUGGCACAACUUGCCGAAUGGCUUACUCGUUUCGUCCAAGAUGCUGUCGACCAAGACAAGCGAAUAACUCUUGAACAAUCUCUCUUUACACAAAUUGUCGAGUCUUAUCUGAGCUCACUUCCUUUUGGAACCGAAAAACAGGAAUUGCUUAACACAGCUUACUCGGAUCAAAUUCGGCGAUUUCAGAGCACACUUGGUUCCAACUUUUCAAAAUGGUACAGACGACAGACUGUCCAAUCGCUCUCCUUAAAUCCUGCUACAAAGGAGUAUCUUGGAGAGAUGCGUACUCAAAUGACAAAACAUCUUGAAGAUCUGCUGGCAAGCAUGAGAAAGACUACAGACGAUCAAGGCGAUGUAAUUCCAGAUCGACAGCUAUGGGACGAUAUCCUCGAUCUCUGCAUGGUCUUGUCAUUGGAAAUUCACGGUGGAGAUGCUGAUGUUUAUGCAAAACCAAUUGCGGCCGGGAGCAAAUACGAUGAAGAAAUCAUGGCGGUUGUUGGAGACAGCACCGCAGACAAGAAUAAGAUUGUCAAGCUUGUCGUUAGUCCACUUUUUAUUGAUGAGGAUGAGGUUGUACUUCUUCCUGCACGCGUAUUGUUGGAAUAGUUUCAGUGUAUUGAGUAUAAGAGAGAAAGAAAGACAGACAGAAAGAAAAAUAAAAUAAAGUAAAAUGAAAUG